AAAGUCUCCCAAAAUUUCCGUUUCUUCUCGCUUCGUCGGUUACAUAAUCCUACUGUUUCGUUCCUUCAAAGCUGCCGUUGACGGUCUAAAUCCGGCGCUGGGAGGUGUUUACCUCUCCACCUCGGUACGUGGUUUCGCUCUGAUUUGACGGCCUCCGGAUUCUGUGUAGAAAGUAGGCAGAUACUGCUGCCUCCUGUUUUCUUGGCCAAAUUUCCUCUCUACCCCAUCGGAGUCUACGAAGAAUGGGGGAAAACCCCGCAGUUUCGCGCUAUGUGAAGCUAACGAAGGAGCACGAUACGCCGAUCGAGGAGAUCCGUCCGGGAGAACUUAAUCAGCCUGUUAGGGUUCCUCAGUUGGAAGUUCGUAAGUGUAAUGAGUGCGGGCAGCCGCUGCCAGAAAGCUAUGAACCUCCUGCUGAUGAACCCUGGACAACUGGAAUCUUUGGCUGUGCUGAGGACACUGAUAGCUGUAAGAAGUUAAUUAUUGCAGAAGAAACCAUGGAUAUUACUGGUUCUCAAACUGUGGAGGUGGCUUUUUGA